UUUCAUUUGAAACCGGAACUGUAUUUCUCCGCAGUUCGCUGAUCGGACUCGUAUCACAGACGGACCGGAAGCAGCAAGGUUACCCAAGUCUUCGGUGCAUCUGCUAAGUUUUCAAUCGACUCGUGGUCCUUAUCUCCACGCAGACAUUUGGACUCGGUUCUGUUUGCUGCAGAGAGGAUGUUCAGAAGUGCGUCUGCGCAGAUCUUCAGACAGGCGGUGAGAUGCAGAAGCACAGACACAAGCCUCAUCCUGGAAAGGUCGAUAAACCGCGUCCAGCUGCUGGGGCGGGUUGGUCAGGAUCCGGUGAUGAGACAGGUGGAGGGUCGAAAUCCAGUCACCAUCUUCUCUUUAGCAACCAAUGAGAUGUGGCGCUCCGGCGAGGGGGAGGUGAGCUCAACAGGAGACGUCAGUCAGAAGACGACGUGGCAUCGAGUGUCCGUGUUCAAACCGGGUCUGCGAGACGUGGCCUACCAGUACGUCAAGAAAGGGUCGAGGAUUCUUGUGGAGGGAAAACUGGAUUACGGCGAGUAUGUGGACAAAAACCAAGUGAGGCGUCAGGCCACCACCAUCAUCGCAGACAACAUCGUCUUUCUGAGCGACAACGUGAGGGACAGAACCUGAAGGAGCUUCCGCUCCAUCCAGCCGCAGGACGCUGUGUUUUUUGUAUUUCCCCGACGACAAAACGAAGCUGGAGAAGUGAUCGCGUUUGACUCCACGGCUACAUUUGAAGACUGAGGCUUCAGGGGAAACCAAGAAUCCUGGCAUGUAGUAAAACUCACUGUUGGUGACCUGGAUUGGGCUUUUCUUCUGGAUUUAAGAGCAAAAAGCCCCUUUCAACUGCCUGGCAGGAUUUGAUGGACAUUUUUGUUAAGCAAGUUUAUCAGAGACCCUGUUUUUGUGUGAAAAGCUGCUGGUGCCGCCCAGCAUGAGAGGUUUGUUUCUCUCUCUGUCAGUUACAACAAACUUGUGUUGGUAGCAAAAAUAAAGCUGUAAAAUCUGCACACAAUUACGUCCUCGCCAAAGAAA